GGCCCCCACUCGUUUCUCUUUCCUCCUUCCUCUUUCACACCUUUGAACUUUUCUUUCUUCCAAACCCCGACCUCACCCUCCCUCUCUCUCUCUCUCUCUUUUCUCACUAGAUUUUUCCUGCGACAGAAUAUAUCAAAGAUGAUGUGAUUACACGAGUCUCUCUUUCUCUCUCUCUCUCUCUCCCGAGUCCCCCAACAGAGAGAGCUAUUGAAGCCCCGAUCUUCUUAUCACCUUGGAAAUCCUAUUAUAUAUCCGCAAAUAGAUCUCUAUAAAUCUUCGCAGCUUUUGACACAACAUCUGAGCAUUGAUAGCUAUUACGAACCUCCCUAAUCACCAAUCUCCAACAACCCUCCUUGACCCUUUUUCUAGCGUUUCUCAAUCCCCUUCUCCUCUCUCUCUCUCUCUCUCUCUCUCUCUCUCGCUUCUCGGUCUCAGCUAUCAUUGACCCUCCCCCACCCCAAAAAAAAAGUUGCAGCCUUUGGGGGUGGAUAGAAAACAGGGAGGGCUCUUGAUUAGUGACAGCCCGUGUCGUUGUUUUCGAUGCAAAUGGGUCUUUUGCAUCUGCUCGUCUUCUCUUCUGUGCUCGUUGCACUGUGCGGUGCGGAGAUUUCGAGCAAGGUCGGAGUGAACUACGGCCAGCUGGGGAACGACCUCCCGUCGCCGGCCCGGUCCGUCCGGCUCAUCAAGCACCGGCUCAAGGCCCAGCGGGUCAAAAUCUACGAUGCCAACCCGAGGAUUCUCCGAGCCCUGCGGCACACCGGCAUUCGGGUCUCGGUCAUGGUCCCGAACGAGCUCAUCAACGCCAUCGCCGUCAACCAGACGCUCGCCGACUCUUGGGUAGUGUCCAACGUGGUGCCCUUCUACCCGGCGACCAAGAUUCGGUACCUCCUCGUGGGCAACGAGAUCCUCAGCGCCGCCGACAACACGACCCGGCUCAACCUCGUGCCGGCGAUGCGAAAGGUCAAGAAGGCCCUGAAGAGGCACAGGGUCCUCAAGGUCAAGGUGGGGACCACGCACGCGAUGGACGUCCUCGCGUCGUCGUACCCGCCGUCGAGCGGCUCGUUCAGGCCCGACGUGUCGGACCGUGUCAUGAGGCCGAUGCUGCAUUUCUUGAACCGGACCAAAUCGUUCUUCUUCCUCGACGUGUACCCGUAUUUCCCCUGGUCCUCCGACCCGAAGAACAUCGACCUCGACUACGCAUUGUUCGAGUCCAAGAACGUGACCUUCACAGACCCGGUCACGGGCCUGGUCUACACGAACCUGUUCGACCAGAUGGUGGACGCGGCAAUCUUCGCGAUGAAGAAGCUCGGGUACCCGGACAUCCGGGUCUGGAUCGCCGAGACGGGCUGGCCCAACGCCGGCGACUACGAUCAGAUCGGCGCCAACAUCUACAACGCCGCCACGUACAACCGCAACGUGGUCAAGAAGCUCUCGGCCCGACCGGCCAUCGGGACACCGGCUCGACCCGGUUGGGUCCUGCCUUCCUUCGUAUUCGCGCUCUACAACGAGAACCAGAAGACGGGUCCGGGCACGGAGCGGCAUUUCGGGCUGUUGUACCCGAACGGGUCGUUCGUGUACGAGAUCGAUCUCAGCGGGGAGAGGCCGGAGAGGGAGUACGGGCCCUUGCCGGCGCCGACGAACAACGAGCCGUACAAGGGGAAGAUAUGGUGUGUGGUGGCGAGGGGAGCGAACCGGAGCGCAUUGGGGUCGGCCUUGUCGUACGCGUGCUCCCAGGGGAACGGGACAUGCGGGCCGAUCCAACCGGGCAAGGCGUGUUAUAGACCGGGUUCGCUGGUCUGGUGGGCGAGCUACGCGUUCAGCUCGUACUGGGCCCAGUUCAGGAAGGCGGGUGGGUCUUGUUACUUCGAUGGGCUGGCCACUCAAACCAUCAAAGAUCCAAGUUACGGAUCCUGCAAGUUCCCUGCGGUGACUCUUUGAAGAACUUCCACCAGCUAGAAGAGGUGAUAUCGUCGUCUCUGUUUUUCCGCCACCAUCAUGUGUUACAAAAAUUGUUCAGCUCAUUCUUCCAGGACUCGGGCGCAUUUCACCUCCGACUGCACAUUUUCUUAGCACAGUUUAGAUAUUACUGAUUAGGUCAGACUUCCAGAGCAUAUGGCAAGCUCAAAAGUAAAUGAUUUUCUUCAUCUUUAGUCGGGUCAUCACGACGAGCCUUAGACAAUUGACGGAGACGUGAAAUCAGUAGUCGUGUUUCAUCAAACAUUGUCUUGGUUUCCAGAUUGUUACUAGAAGGUUUCCACGGCCACAUCCCACCAUUUUUCGAACCACACUCGACCUUAUUACCUAUUUUCAGGCCGAGACGAUUUGUUGAUGCUUCGUGGCAAGUGGCUAUUUCUGCAUAUUGAGACGACUCUUUCUUUGAAUUUAUAUGAAGCAUCGCUGCUGCAUUUUGUUCUUUCCAGUUUCGGAUUGUAAGUUGAGGAUGUUGCUGAAACGAUGAAAGAUUAUUUCUUGACAUUGAUAA